AUAUCUUUCUCUCCUUCAGAAACCUUCCAUUACACAAAACCAAAUGGGCGGAAAUUCUCCAUGUGCUUCCUGCAAGUUGCUUAGACGCCGCUGCGCUAAGGACUGCAUUUUCGCUCCUUACUUCCCCUCCGAUGACCCUCACAAGUUCGCUAUUGUUCACAAAGUUUUUGGUGCUAGCAACGUUAGCAAAAUGCUCCAGGAGCUACCGGUUCAUCAGAGGGCAGAUGCAGUGAGCAGCAUAGUGUAUGAAGCUAAUGCAAGGGUGAGAGACCCGGUUUAUGGAUGUGUUGGAGCCAUAUCAUAUCUGCAAAACCAGGUUUCUCAGCUUCAAAUGCAGCUUGCAGUAGCUCAAGCUGAGAUACUAUGCAUUCAGAUGCAGAAUGAACCAGUUAUGCCAACCCCACAUAUUGAUCCAGAUGAUGACAAAUCAUCAUAUCUUCUCCAAAAUAAUCUCCCUCAGUACCUUAAUUUUGCAUCUUCUAGCAAUGUAAUUCAUGAUUCUCUUAAGAGAGAGAGCAUUUUUGGAGACAUUAUUUCUUAAUUUAAUCGAACUUUAUGUUAUG